CGGCCUCGCACACCACCGGCGACCAUCAUAAUAUUUCCUUUCCGCCAUGAUCCCGGUUUCAUUGGCCAUGGAGCUAUUCUCGAUGACCUCGUCAACGCAUGCUCUACACGUCCCGCUCGUUUGGCCCUUGUUGGCCUAGGCGGCAUUGGCAAAACUCAAUUGGCUAUUGAGCUUGCCUAUCGGUUGGUAAAGUUGGCGAAAAUGUCUGUAUUCUGGGUCCAUGCCGAAAGUCGGUCGAGCAUCAACCAAAGCUUCAAACAAAUUGCGUCCAAUGUCAGCCCGUGGGGACAAGUGGACUCGGUAGAAGCUUGGUUGCGACAUUCAUCUGAGUGGCUCUCCAAAGAACGAAAUGGUCGAUGGGUAAUGAUUCUAGAUGGCGCCAACGAUCACAGCAUUUUCCAAGACGAGCUCUACUUGCCGAAGAGUCGAAAUGGGACAAUCAUCGUCACAACUCGCCGUAGAGACGUGGCAUACAGACUAACUGGAAACAAGCAAGAUGUGGUUGAAAUUGGACCCUUGUCAGUGUUUGAAGCCGUCACUCUCCUGGAAACGAAAUUGGGACGGGCGGGAAAAGAGCGAUUUCCUAAGAAUGGCGCAGCGAGUGGUCUCGUAAAAUCACUUGGGUUGAUUCCACUGGCUAUUUGCCGAGCGGCAGCAUAUAUACAGUCUAUACCGCUCCCCAGCUCUCUAAGCGACUCGUCAGAGCAACUGGUCAAGUUAAGAGAUAGCGAACAGGAAAAGAUCAAGCUGCUAGAGUUUGAAGAUUACAGCCCCGAUAGAAGUGGACAGGUGCUGAGGAGCCUUCUUGGGACCUGGAGAACUUCAUUCGAUGCUAUUCGCUCACAAAGUUCAUCUGCAGCUAAUCUCUUGUCGCUCAUGAGCUUUUUUGAUCGCCGAGGCAUUCCAAAACGGUUGCUGAGACCCUUUAGACGAGGUCAUGACCCUCAAUUAACAGAUGUUUCUCCCAGUGAAGACACCUUAGAUGGGGCAAGUGGCGACUUAGACGUCUUAUUAUAUCAGGACUUGGAGAUAUUACUAAACCACUGCCUCAUCACAGCGAAUGGGACGAAACAACUGUUCGAGAUGCACGGGCUUGUCCAGCUAUCUGUGAAGAAGAAUCUGGACGCCUCUCAUUUACAAACAUUUGAGCAGCAAUUUAUUAAGAGGCUUGCAAUGGUAUUCCCGAAAAGCAUCUACUCCAGCUGGGCAACCUGCGAAGAGCUCUUUGCCCAUGUCCAAGCGGCAGCCAACUAUCAACCAGUCCAUCGUUUGCUGGAAGAUUUUGCAAAUCUUCUACACAACGGGGGCCGAUUUGCGCGGCUACAAGGCAGAUACGAGAUUGCGAUGCAAUUGGCCGAACAAGCAUUAACAGCGCGACAAAAGGCAGAGACGGAUGAUACGAAAACCUUGACACUAAUUACGUUGAUACUCAUGGAUCAAGGCCUUUAUGACAGGGCUGAGGAGCUGCUCAUGCAAGUAGUGGAUGCAUGUAAAAGCAGAAACCCUGAUAUUAACGAUCCUCAAACCGAGAUCAGCAUGAACAGCCUGGCGUUGAUAUACAAGGCCAAGGGCAGAUGGGCAGAAGCAGCAGGCAUCCAAAUCAGAAUUUUGUUAAAUCGAGCAAGUCAUCUAGGACCAGAGUAUCCAAGAUAUCUGGCAAGUAAAGCAAACUUGGCGUCAAUAUACAGAGCCCAAGGCGGGUACACGGACGCAGAGAGGACACAGAAAGAAGUGGUUGACAGCUACAGAAACAAAUUUGGUCCGGAUCACCACCUCACUCUGACCAGCUUGAAUAACUUGGGGUCGAUAUACAGACUCCAGGGAAAGUUAGGAGAAGCUGAGACUCUCCAAGCACAAGCCCUCGUCUCCCUCAGGAUGAAGCUCGGGGGAGAACACCCCGAUACACUCACAUGCAUGAACAGCUUAGCAUCAACAUACAGGCUUCAAGGCCGCCUGUACGAAGCCGAAUCUCUACAAAAAGAGGCAUUGGAGAUGCGAACGAUAAAACUCGGGUCAGACCAUCCCCAUACGCUCGCCAGCAUGAACAACCUCGCCUUGAUAUACUGCGCUCAAGGCAAACACCAAGUUGCUGCCAAGCUACAGUCGGAAGUGGUGGAGAUUUGCAAGACGAAGCUCGGGCCAGAGCAUCCUCAUACUCUAACGAGCUUGAACAAUAUUGCUCUCAUUUGGAAAAGCCAAGGUCGAGAUGCGGAUGGCAGGUGGAAGAUGGACGAGUGUGCCGAGGCUCGAUUGCGAGUUCUUGGCCAAAACCACCCGUAUACCAUUUCUUCUAGAGAAGCGGCAGAAAGCUGGUGGUCGUCCACUCGAUAUGCAAAGUUCCCAGACAUCUCAUAG